GAAAUCUUUUUGUUGCCAGGAAGGCGCCAUUUGUGUAUCAUUUUGUUUAGUUUUUAAUCCAAAAACUUAGCAAAAUGGCACUUCCUGCAGAUCGGGAUUACGGAAAUUUGACCGGCGCAGAGAUGAACGCCCUCAACGAUGAAAAUGUGAAGAAAUUAGUCAGAAAUCUAGCUGAUCCGAAGACCAGCCAGCGGGAGUUGCGCAAGAUGGAACGUCUGGCCUUGAAGAUUAUCGCCAAGCACCGCUGGAAUUGGAGCCCCAGUGGCAAGGAUGUGAAACGCACCUUGGACGAGCUGGUGGAACGUUUGCGGAUAGAGGGAAUGUCAACGUUCGGAAAUACUAUUAGGGAAAUGGCAAAUAAGUUCUUGGCACUGCCUGAAAUCCAACAGAACCAGAAUCCGGAUGUAGGAUGGACAGUGCUCGACUUCCUGCUCCUCAUGAGCAAUGAUCCGAUUCAGAACAUACGUCGCAACCGGGUUGAGAUGAACCAUCGUAGGAUGUCUAUGAUAGCUAGUGCUGACGAGGCAGCGCGGCGGAAGCGAGAGGCUGCGGUCUGCCAGACACCGAUCAAUUCGUUCGAAACGGAUGUGGAUUGGACAGCGCUGCUAAGCGAGGACUUUUUGGACUCACCAGAGGAUGAAAGCUCGGAAGAUUUGAGUGACUGGUCGGAUGAAUCGGAUUAUGACUCAUCGAGUACUUUGAGACCCGAAGAGAAUGAAGGCACCUCGCGGAGCCUCACAGACAUGGCCACUGUUUAUGAGCAGGCCAUGCUAGUCGCUGCUCCAAUCGAGAGUGGAAACACAAGUUAUCUGCCCCCGGUUCACGAGGACCGUGGCAUCAAGCCUAAUGUCUUCAAGAUUACCCAGCCUCUAGCGCUAACCUUGAUCUAUUAUAAGGACAGUCCACUCAGAUUAAGUAGAUUGAUCCAGUUGGAUGCACCAAAACUGCCAGCAAUAGCAACCGAGUAUAAGAAAAGUGACCGGAAUACAAAUGUGCUUGAGCGAACAAUACACACUUACUGGUGGCGCGAUGCUGUUAAGGUAUACGCCUUGCCUUCGGGUGAAAAUCCAAUUGACAACUUUGCCGUCAGCUAUCUGCAGUUCCUGAACCAUUCUUCUGGUGGCUUGUUAAAUCUGCCACUGCCCAAAACCAGUACGGAGUCCUGCCUGCUAAGGGAAAUCUUGUUCAUGUUUGCGCGUCCAACAAACUGUUGUUUUUUCGAGCUCGAUACGCAGACGCGACGCAUCAGUGUCCGCAAUAAUGUUGCCAUCUGCACUAUGACAGCGAGCGCACUGCAGAGUCUGCUGCAACAUAUUAUUGUGCCAGCGCUGGAGGACAUGAUGAAGCUGCGGCGUUUCAUCGAUGUUCACACAUUGCACUAUGGUGGCAACUGCCCAGUGGGUACUGUAGAAUGCUUUGCCUACGCCUUACGGGAUCUUAUCCAACCAAUUCGACAGCUUCUCAUCGAUUACGAGGAGCAUGUAGUUAGGGAUCCCGCGAGAAACACGUUAAUCAAUUUUAUGCUUAAAUUUAAGGAACACUUUUGCCAGCUUCAGUUGUUGCGCUCCCUGGCCGAAGAUGUUAUCCUGGAUAUAGGACCUCCGCACGUGCGCAGUGCCUAUUUGCUAUCUAGACUCUACAAGCACACCCUGCCACAUUUGCCACGCCAAAAGCUGGCCACAGGCCUGCUGCUUGUUUCCCUGAAGCGAUACUGUAAUAUCCUUGACGGCUGGUGGCGGAAAGCCACGCUGGAAGAUCACCUGAACGAGUUUAUCGUCGAGAGAUGGGUCGAUGGUGACACGGAUCGUCGUAGUUAUGUGCGCAAACGUUGUUUGGAUCCUAAUGAAAGUUUAGAAGUCGUGGGGAUCUUCAGAAAACUGCACUCCUGCCCCAUUUACAAGGUACUGCUGGAACACGCUCUAGAGUCUGGAGAAACGCAGGACUUGCUAGCUAACGUUAAUCUGCUGGGCGAGAUGCUGACAACCAGUAACGAAACCCAACGGCCAUCGCUAUACGAUGAGCUUACCACUACCGUCUUUAGUCAUCUAAAAGUUUACUGUAGUAGCUUAUCAAUGGAUGAUGUGGAAGCCGCAGAUCUGGAGGAAGACAUGCUGCUUGCUGCCGAUAAGCGACUAGCGAACAAUGUCCAGGGCAUUCGGAACCUUAAUUUUUUUGUAAAGUUUACAAAUCCGGUGCAACAGCGACUCUUAGAUCGACGACGCGAACGGGGCACAAAAAAGCCAAUUCAAUUGCUCAACAUACUGAGACGUUUAGACCGCUCCACUUGCCUGCAGAUAAAGUCAGAGAUACCAGAAGCAUUACAGGAAAUUCUACAAAGGAGGCAAUGUCUGGCAAAUGAGUACGCGAUGCGAGCUUACCGCAAAGAACUGGAGAUGGGCGAGAUUUUGCGGUUCCUGCGGCAUACGAUGAUGCUGGAGGCGUACUAUAUACUCCUGCCCUACUACAAUGCACUUUUCUCGCGAAUUGAGAAGACCGUAAACUGGGCACAGGGUUCAGUCCUCAAUUCCAAACUCAAUAAGGUGUUAUUUCCACAAUACCCCCAUCUGGCUAACAACCUUCAAGUGAAGAUAAUAUCAAAGGUUUUCUGCACUUCAUCUAAAGUAUAUGAAGCCCUGGAGGCUCUCGAACUGGUCUACGACAUGCCAGUGGGUAUGCAGCGAAUCCUAACGGAUAGACAUAUGAAAGACUACAAUGCGGUGUGGCGUCUUAUGUUAAAGUUAAAGUGGGCAGUUUGGAAACUGGAGAAUCUCGCCUUUUUGCGUCGCCGCAAUACAAAGCCUUAUGAACCUUUAGACUUGCUCGGACUAACCAUUCGUCGGCUGGAGAUCUUGCGCUUUUGGUUGAUUUACCUCAUUAACAGCCUGCAUACACACAUUAUGCAGGCUUUGGGUCAGCAGUUUGAGCUGCAGAUUGGUAAGUGCAUGAACAUCCGACAGCUGAGGACUCUGCACGACGAGUAUUUGUCGCUAUUGAAGACCCAUUGCCUGCUGACCGGCGAAUUCGAUGCCUUUCGCAUCGCCCUCGAUCAGCUCUUCCACCUGGUCUUUGUGCUGGACAUGGAGUGGUCAACCUGUGCCAGCUAUCUGGGCGAAAACGAUGCCCUUUCCUUGGAUAUUACCUUUUCGGAUGACAGUAAGUCGGAUAGCGAUACAGACGCCCGGGGUAUGGAGUACUUGGCUCUUAAUCAGGUAUUGGAGAUCGAGAUGACAUACAUACGGUGCCAUCAGACACUGGCAGAGAUUCUUAGCUCGCUGGUGUACAAACACGACCACGGAUUCUUGACUGCCUUGGAAGUGGCUAUCAGCACCAGUGUUCCCUGUUAGAUCUGAAUGUCCUUAAAUGAUUUUGUUACACAUUACCAUCCUAACCAAUCAUUCCCAUGCCCAAAUCAAUUAAAAGUGCGCAAUUUUUGUUAAAAA